AUGACAGUCCAAGUCUUCAUGGUUUUGCUCCAAUGCUGCCUUUGGGUCUCCCUGGGCAAUCCUGCUCUGAAGGUGGUGCCAAACGGACCUCCGAUGCCACACAUGCCCAAGGGCCCGACUGCCAUCAGACAGGAUGUAAAAGCGGAGGGGAGAGAGAAGUCCGCUGCGAUCGACGACCUGACUGCACCCAAGCAUGCUGACCAUGCUCAAGCAACUUCACAGAAGGCCCCAGCGGGGUCCAGCUUGAGCUUGCCCUGCGAGGACGUUUAUUUAUUCCACAGCCAAGUAAAGAGAUCUCCUGUACUGAUGUACACAUCUCACAUUAGCACGUGGCUGGCGAAGAGCCCUCACCAAGCAGGCGUUGCAGCUGUUGCCGUCGUUAUCGGUCUUCUUUGUGCAUGGAACGGCCCGCGUGUUUGGCACGCGCUUGUCAUUGCAGCGUCCUCUUUAAUUGUCGCAUGGCUUGUCCAUUUUGAAGCAGUUCUCAAGAACCUUGUGCCGAGCCUCUUUGCAGAGCUUGUGCUAACGCUUGCAGCGGCCAGUGCAGUGGCAUUGGCUAUGCACACUGGCUUCGAAGGCUCCCAAGUUUUAGUUGGUGCUUUUGCAGGCUUUGCUGCUGCUUCAUAUUGCUCAGAUUGGGCGCGUACCGUUGAUGACCACAUUGCGGGGGCUGCACUCCUCUGGUAUUGCUUCGGGGGGGCCUUUGGCACAUGGAUUCUGCUUGCCUGGAGAAGGGAACUUCUCUCCGCUGUUGCACCGCUGUUCGGAAGCUUCUUGGUGGUGUCGGGAUCGGGCAGCUUGCUUUCACGAGCGGUUAGUUUGCCGUGUUUGCCACAUAUGGGCGUGUGGUCAGUGGAUGCCUUGGUACUACUGGGACCAGCCGGGACACACGCGUUGGCAUGGCACAUGCUUUGCAUACUUCUAGCUGUGUCCUGUCAGCGCAGUGGUCGUCCUGUCCUUGCAUUGUCCUCUUUGGUCGCAUUCACCAGCUUGGUAGCUCUGGGAGCUCUGCUGGCUGGAAUUCAAUGUCACAAAAAAGACAGGCGUGCUGAUGGCACUCGCUGCCCAGCGUUUCUGGCUGUUCCCGACAAUUGGCAGUGGCAGCUUUCAGGGUGCACAGCCUGGGUCAUGUUGACGUUGGUCUCUGGGUGGAAGCAAAUCGUCAGCAGCCCUCCAACUUCAGGUGCAGAACAAGGUCGGGGAAUAUUUGAUUCUCGUGCCCGUGGAAUCUAUGUGCCUGUGGAAGAGGUCUCGACUGAAGACGGUCUUGCUGACAAAGUAGACCCACUCAAGACUCUGUUGCCCUCUCAGCAAAGCGCCCAUGGAAGCCCAGGGCUUGAGAAGCCUCUGACGCUUUCUGGCUUCGUGCACUCAGUUCAUGCACGGCGACUGGGCGGGGAGCCCUAA